GAACCUGAGUGAAUCUUCUUUUAUGUUCGGUAAAAUUUGUCUCAGCCGUCAAAGCAAAGUUGUGUCUCGAAGCUAGUUAAUUUUAUUAAUAAAACUAUCUGGUUGCAUAUAGUUAAGUAGUAGAUAAUUAUGCGAGUUCAGCUUCGACGGAGCACAGAUUUGUUAUGUUCCGAGUUCAGUAUUUGUGCGUAGGCGCCGAAGUAAAUAAAUCAAAACGUUGACCGCGGAGAUAGGUGACAUUCAGUCUUUAGUUUAUUAAUGCGUAAAAUAUAGAAGUGCUUCAGUUAAUUUUUCAAAUAUAUGUUAUAAUAACGAUAAAUUGUUGACAAUUGCUUGAAUGCGAUUAUUUGUUUGUGUUGUUUGGUCAAAAUUGUCAAGCUGAAUUUAUUUCACAACAACGUAUACUAGUGUUGACUCAGCUGUGUAUUGUGACACCAAAUCCGUACAUAUUAAUUCAUUGGCCACCGUCUAUACUUUUCUUUUUUUAAUGGUUGCUGUGUGACUACGAGCGUUUAUUUCAGAGUGGUUACCAUGGAAUCAGAUGAAUUUGACAGAAUUACCAACAAUGACAAAGUUGAAAAUACAGAAAAUAGGGCCAAACAUGUUUCGAGGCCAUUUUUGAGACAGUUAUUUGUAUCGAGCGGUGUGUGGUCCAUAUACUUCGUCCUUGGGUUAGGAUUCGGCGCUCCAACAGUAAUGAUACCACAAAUACGAAGAGAAGCCAACUCAACGGAUGCUGUCACAGAAAACAUGGAGUCGUGGUUAUCAUCAGUUCAUGGAUACAGCGCGUUGCCGUGGGUAUUCAUAAUACCUAUACUCACAAGAUACGUCGGAAGAAAACUACCUUUCCUUUUAGUUUGUUUAAAUACUUUAGUUGGAUUCAUACUUUUUUACUUUAGCACAAACACAACACAUCUUUUGAUCAGCGCCAUAAUGUUAGGCAUGCUGCUUGCCAGUAACAUGACUUUGUUGGUCGUGAUCGUAACAGAAUAUUCGUCGCCUCGCUACCGAGGAAUAUUUAUGAUAUUUGAAUCAACGCUUUUCUUUUGGGGUGUAUGGAUAGCUAACGCAACGGGGGCCUUUUCGCAUUGGAAAAACAUAGGAAUUCUCGCAUUUGUUUGUUCUUUGUACCCUUUAACCGUAGUGUUUUGGCCCGAAUCUCCGUAUUGGUUAGCAAUGAAGGGACGUUUCGAAGAGUGCGCAAUUUCUCAUCACUGGUUGAAAGGGUACGAUAAAGAUUCCGAAUACGAACUUGAAACACUUAUCGAUUCACAAAAAGCAUAUCUUAGAAUGUGUGCGGACCGUACACGUACUGAUUGUAGGUCAAGAUUUAAGCAAGCUAUGGAAACGGUUAGGACUAAGGCAUUCUAUAUGCCAAUGUUUAUUUCCAUAUCAGUUAUGUCAUUGUACCAUUUUUCAGGGAAAUUAGUUUGUAGUAUGUACGCGGUAGAUUUAAUGCAAAAAAUAACUGGUAGUGAAGAAACUGCUAAUAUUGGGAUGCUUAUAAUGGACUCUGUAACUAUUAUUGGUAUGCAAGUUGGUUGCGCGUUAUCCAAGUUCCUAAAAAGGCGAACCCUUCUACUUUCGUCGGCCAUUUUGGGUAUUAUAUUUUUAUUCAUAAUAUCUAUUUACUUAUACCUUGUCAAGUUUUCUCUUAUAUCAGAGAACAAAUAUCUUUCGAUAUUGUUGCUGACCUUAUUUUCGGUAUCAAUAAGCAUUGGGCCAAUGAUAAUGCCGUCAACAAUAUUUGGUGAGCUGAUAUGCUUGAGGUACCAAACUGAGUGUCUUCUUUUACUGACUCUAUUUUCAGAGUUUCUAAUGGCAACUAUAUUAAAAGUUUCUCCAUACAUUUUUAGAGCGCUUAGUUUGUCUGGUGCUUUUCUAUUUUAUGGCAUAUCGGCGUCUAUAUUUUUUUUUAUUGUGUAUAAAUAUUUACCUGAGACUAAAGAUAAGACUUUGUUUGAAAUUGAACAUUUCUUUAAAGAUCCCUCGGAACCUAAUGGUGCUGUUCAAAGUUUAAUUAAGAGAAAAUAGAUUAGUUGUUAGAGGUACGAAAUCUCCAUAGAUAUCAUAUAUAUCGUCGCUGUGGGGCGAAAACUUACUAAUAUGAAGUUAGUUUUGAGAUAAUCACUUCUGAAUUUUUUUAUUUCUAAACCUAAUUAGUAAACGGCUAAAGUUUGAAUUAAAGUUAGAACAGUCUUUGAAGAAAACAUGUGUCGUUACAAUAAAAUUUAUAUAUUAAGUUAAAAGUAUACAUAUAAAUAUAAUAUUAGAAGAAUAAUAUCUUUUAACUAGAUGACCUGAUGAACUUCGUGUCAUCUACAUAUAUUUGUUAAUUAUUAUUAUUAUUUCUUUUUUGCAUUGCGCACGCAGCUUUUUUGACUGGAGAAAAUACUACACACGGGCCUCGGCCAAGUGUGCAGUGUUGUAUUGUUUUAGGUGCUUAGCUAUAAUUAACUUCUUUAGUCUGCCUGUCCGUUAACGUCGGUCGAUAAGAAUUUGCGGACUAUCUUAAGGUGUUUAGUAUGGUGGUUUUUUGUAAACUGAGCUAUGUUUUUGGUGGUAAGUCUAAAAUUUAUAUGGCUUUAUAUUAUGUUUAGGUAUAAUUCCAGUAGUAAACAGUAAUUCUAUUGCCCAUUGGGGCACUAUUGACACUUUUUGUAGUUUCCACAUCCGGGCUAUUUCGUCUUUGAGGUAAAUAUGUUUGGAUAACUUUUCUGUAAUGGUACUCUGAACGUUAUGAGUGUUUGGUAUGCCUAUGUCUAUUAACGUGGCUGAUUUUGUAUGUUUGGUCUACUAGAAAUAUGUCUGGUCUAUUGUAUUUUACUAUUUUGUCUGUGAAGAUUGUUCUGUCACAGUAAAGUUUAUGGGUUUUAUUUUCUAAUACGGUUUCAGGUUUAUAUUUAUAAUAAGGUUGUAGAGGCUCAUUUGCUAUUAGUCUGUACUUAAUGGCAAACUUUUGAUGGAUAAUAUUGCAUAUUUGAUCAUGUCUAUGUCUAUAGUCAGUUUGUACUAUUGCUUUACAAGCGCUUGUUAUGUGUUGUAUGUUCUCGGGUGCACUGUUACAUUUUCUGCAAAUAUCGGAUGCGGGACUUUUAAUAAUAUGUAUUUGAUAAUUGCGGGUUUCAAAAAUUUGAUCCUGAAUAGCCAUCAGGAACCCUUCGGUUUCCGGAAAUAGCUCUCCGCGUCUGUACCACUCGUUCUACCCCAUUUUGUCGACGUUCAAGUUAUUCAGAUAUUGGAGAUGCUUUCCAUGAAGCGUUGUGUCCAUGCUACUAGUUUUGUCUCUCGGUCUGUCGUGCUCUCAUUGUUGAGUUAACGGAUCAGCUUAAUUUAGUAGUGUAUGUAUUAACAUACACUACUAAACUUAGCUUAUAGUACAAAACGACAUAAUUGUCGUAUAGCUUUGUGAAGAGUAGAUAAUAGUGCUUUGUUGUAAAAAUAUUGUCUGAGAGUCGUGAUCUGUUUGUUGUGGAGGUUUGCAAUGUCUAUGAUUCCCCUGCCGGCAUCUGUCCAAGGUAGUGUGAGCCUUUGCAAGCAGAACCUUGGAUGAUGUUUUCUACUUCUGGUCAUUGAGAUAUUGAUAGUUCGUUGAGCAUCCUUAAGGUCUGUUUUUGUCCAUUUUAAAAUAUCAAACGAGUAAGUCAAAACUGGAACUGCAAAUGUAUUAACUGCUUUUGUAAUAUUUCUAGAAUUUAGUUGUGAUUUUUAAAUUAAAGGCUCUGUAGGCAGUAUAAUGCUCUUGCAAAAACGCAUGACCUUGACAUCACGGACAUUCCUAAGUAUAGGAAACAAGUCCUGCAAUUAUUACGUACUCACAAUAAAUUAUAAUUAAUUACAUUUACCACCACAUGUUAUAACAUAAGAUGUUGUUAUGUUUUGUCAUUUCUUAUUAUGUUUUAUCCUUUUUUGUCUGUUUUAAGUUUCUACUUAUAUAUCUAAAUAAUAUGAAUAACAAAUAUUUUUUUUGCCGCUGUACUAAUAUAUAAAAUUGCAUGCUUUGGUCUCCUAUAAUUGAAGAGGCACGCCACAUUGUUAAUUGUAAAAAUGUUACGACAUUGUUUUUAUUAUAUGCCGUGUAUCCUUCGUUGAGGUCCUUAAAUAAAUAACUAAAUAAAUUAAGUCUGUGCUUAAAUUGUUGGAGUAUUCUGCUUUUGGCUUCUUUCUGUAAUAUCUGUUUUGUCUUUUCAUAGCCUAAAUAUUUAUUUGCGCUAUUGUCAUCUAACGGGUGUAUUUGUUCUCCAGUUGAGAGUGUGUAUUAGUGUUUGUGGUUCUGGUCUGCUUUAAUAAUUUUGUGAUAUUUGCAUCAUUAAUAUUACAGAUAGCUCGUGACGACCGUCCAUUCAAGUCGUUGAGCUGAUUCCUUGCAGUGGAAGCGUCCUAAGCAUGCUACCAUUAUUCUUAGCCCAGUAGAGCUUACACUUUGUGCCACGCUGUUGAACCUGCAUAGCAAGGGAUGUUACUGACAGUAAAAAUAACCGAUAUGGAGAAUAAACUGAGUACACAAGACCACAGAUCUUUGGAGGACUUUAACAUUAAUUCACAUGCGCUAUAAAGCGUGUCCCUCGAUGAAACCAAAUAGAACCAAACACCUUGGCACUGUCAUUGGCCUUUAUUUAAGAUUAGAGCACAAUAUUAGAUAGAUAUUAUAACCGAAUAUACGCAAUAGCACAGAAUUCAACUCCAUUAUAUACUCUUCGAUAAUUCUCCAUACAAAUAUUACAUUUGGUAAUAAUGGGAGACUGCAGUUCCAGGCCACACAUCUUACAGCUUGAUACGUCUACAGAAAGUGUAGGUGGCAGCAUGUUGAGUCUUCAAGCCGGCAGCAGACUGCAAAGAAGUUUUUCAAUGAAGAGAUUAUCUCCUGUGUCCCGUGAAGCGAUCUAAUGGGUUAAUUCAGUUAGAGCAGCGAUGUACGACAAAAGACAGAUAUGAUUGUCUUGCCACAGCUGCUCGUCGGUUGGUCCACCGAAGGACAUCAAAUUAAUAGUAAUAAUUCAUACUGCAUAUACGUUCUUAUACCAUCAUAUAUGGCGUGCAGGGAUGCGUGAUUUUAUGUUCAGAUGCUUCAUCACAACCUCUGAUUCACUCGUAAUAUUCUAUAUAGUUGGCACUGACAUCAUACUUGCAAUUGCUAUUUAACCAGGAUUCUCGUCCUUAUUUACGACCACAGAGGAAGGAAUGUAAUAUACUAUUCUUAACUUCGUCUUGAUGGCAAUAGCAUCGGCAUUCUUGAAAAAGUCGUCACCUUUAGUGCUGUAGUGGCAUUCAAGUGAUUGAUGCGAUAUAUUCUCGAAUAACAUUCCAAUCUGUUGGCGAAGUAUCAGAUUCUUUACUCUACUUUUACGAGACCUGGAGAUAAGGCGCACGGUAUUAUUUAGUACUCGUAGUAACCUGUCAAAUAAUCACCCAAUGAGGUAUAGACCAUGAUAAUGAUUAGGAUGGCUCGCCAGCAGGACUUGGAGCAGAGAUAGCUUACUUUUGCGUUACAAUACGUUUUUGAAAAAAAAUCUUACCAAACGUUGUUACGUUCGGUAGUUAAUUCGGUAAGUCCAUAAAACUCCACCAUCCCUUAUACCUAUUUCUUUCAUUUAGGUAUAGUAGCAGUUAGCACAUAAUUUAUCUUGUUUGACGGGUAUUAGCCAGCGGCAACUUGAAUGUAAUAUUUGAACAAGUGUAUAUUUAUUAAUAACAAUAUCUUAUUCAGUUUGUUAUCUUAAAAACUAUUGUAAACAUAAUUUGACACAUAGCAAAUGUAUAUUAUUUGUGCUGGUCUUAUUUUACAAUAUCAUAAGUACCCAUAAGUUAAAAACUAUUUUUUUUUUCAAAUUCUUCUCGCUGUUACAUUGAUGUAAAAGUUUCUUCGCGGAAUAAUCAAAUGUAUGGAGCCUGGACAAAAACUCUUUAUCAUUAAGAUUUCUUAAGGGCUCCUUUUAUCAAUUUAUGUCGAAUUGCUGUUUGCCUUAUGGCUUCAUCUAAUAUAGACAAUAAGAUUAAAAUUCGAUAUUUGAAGUUAUGGAGCUUCCAUUUGGAAUAUGAUAAUAAAAUUAGGUAUUGUAUGGGGUAGCAAUUAGAAAAUUAAACAAUAUAAUAUGUUAUUUUUGUCAGUAAUAUAUUAUAAGUAACUCGUUCAUUUUUAUAAAUAUAAUGAUAUCGGGUACAAGAUAAAUUAAAAUUCUUAACUUAUUAAGAUACUUUAUAUCAGCCAGUCAUUUAUAAUAUUAUCUUAUGAAAAAUCUCAAAGGAGACGUGCAAUGUUUCUUUAAAAUUAUUUAAUGGUGAAAAUGUAAUUGUUUCUAGGCGAACUAGUCGCUGAAAGAUAACGAAAAUAAACAAAAUUAAAUUAAAUUUGAUGAAUUGCAAUUUUUAUGAAGUACCUAUCUAAUCUUUUUAAACUGAAGGAAAUUUUAAGCGUUUUUACUAUUGCAACAACAUAACCAUUUCGUUAACUUACUUGAAAUUGCAUUACAUAUAAAUUAUAAUAUUUUUUAUAUUAAUUUUACGUGAUUUUACUGAACUUAGGUAAUGUGUCCAAUCAUGGCUCAGUAAGUAGUUCAUGAUGCUGAAGUAAAGAGUCAGUGACUAGAUAUGCUACCGACUUAACGUAAUAAUGUUAUGAAAUAAUGUGCUAGAUUACAAAAGUUUUGUGAUUGUUGUGAUACUAAAAUGUGACUCACUUUUUUUUUUAUUUUUGCUAGUUUUAUAAUCUUUCACGCGAAAUUUUUUACCUCAUUCAUUUUAAAAAUAAAACUGUAGUUCAACACGUUAUAAGAAAAAAUAAGCAAUACUUAAAUGUAGACGGUUUAUGUUAUAUUAUUAUGGACUAUUCUGAGUAUACACCUCUCCAAUAUGGCUUGCAAUCUACAACAUGUUUUCGAAUUCUUUUUUUUUGGUAUUGUAAUGCCAAACAAAACGAUUUACUGUGUUAGUUAUUUUAUUAUUACAUAAGUUGUACUUUUAUCAAACUUUUGUCUCUGUACUCCAUUAUGAAACGAUAUUAGCUGAGCCAAUUUCAGGCCUAGUGUGCGCAUAACUUUUUAAUCAAAUGGGUCAUAAUUUAGUUAUAAAUUUUAAUUAAAAACUCCCGCAAGUAUUUGUUAAUUUAUGUAUGUAUUGAGGAAAUAAAAUGAUUGUAUGCCUUUUUUGGCGGAAAUGCAAAGCAGAUAUAUUAAGCUGAAAAUAUGAUUCGAAAAUGUAAUAAUAAAUGAUAAUUGACAGUGAAACUUCAUAAACUUAAAACGGUAAAGGCAAUUUUAAGGUUAUGAAGGCUUUUUUAAAUAACAAUUAUCCGGCGGAAUUAUAAUUAGAUUAUUUUUUCUUUUAAAUGUUUUUUGUAUUUACUUAAACAGUCAUUCUUCUGUGUUCGCUUCUGGGCCCCCACGGCGCCUCUACGAGUAAUGGGCAUUACUUUUAAGUGUACCUGAAAUGGUUCCUUUACGUUGUUAAAAGCCGCAAAAUGGCGCGUCUUCGUAAUUAAAUUUAUAUUAUAACCCUUAGGAUAAUUUUGUAAGUUAGUUUCCUCUUUGCAAAUAGCUACAAGCAAGAUACAAUUAUUUAUUUUAGGGCCGUUGUUUUAACCGCAGAAAGAUAAAAUAACAGGUCUCAUUACACUAGACGAUAGCGCAGCGCCUUCGUCUCGCUGUGAAUUCGCUUUCAGUGCGCCAGUGUAAUUAGACCUUUAACUUUAUUUGACCACGGAUAACAAAACAACGGCCCCUUAUCGCCCAAUAAUUACUAUGUAUGUCUUUCAUGAUGAAAAUGAAUAAUAAAUCAUGUAAGCAAUACAAAAUAAACAAGUUAUAUUUAUUAUA